AGUUGAAGUCGAAGCUUUUAGUUUUUUAAACCAGUUUGUCUUGAAGAGAUGGGUGAGUCGGCCGUGCAGGACAACAAUGCUACAAUUUACGAAGGGACUUUUUUAAGUUUAAAUAAUGAUAGUAGUUUAAAUAAUGUCAGUGAUGGUGUUAUAGAAAGAUUCGAAAAUGAUCCUUAUCUUUUACCGCAUUGGGUACUUGGACUAUACUUUGGCUUCAUUUUAAUCGGCAGCAUUGCUGAUGUUAUUUACGUUUUGGCGCUCUCGAGAUGCAAAAGGAAUGGAACAUUUUCACUACUGCUUCAACUAACCGCUGUAGACGCAGUCAGUCCAGUUUUGGCCAUGAUUGAAAUUCUAACCAUCAAUAACCAGACCUGGAUCUUUUCCCACAACCUGUGCCCUAUGUACAACGGUACUGAAAUCUUAGUUAAUUCUCUGCAACUGUGGAUCAUCAUAUGCAUUAACUUUCAUGUGAUAUCCUUAUGGAACCUUUUCAAAUACGAAUCGAAACGAACGAAGAAUCCGUUGGUGUCAUGCGAUGAUGAAUCGAAUGAAUGUUUAGUAACGAAGAGAGAAAGUACAAGAGUUAUUAGUAUAGAUUACAGAAGGAGGAAGGUAGACAUUUCGGUGGUAAUACCCAGCAUUUUAAUCUGGUUCUUUUGUAUCUCGUUAAGCAUACCAAGUUAUACAUUAUCAUCUUCUGUUAAAGUUAAAGAUAAUUAUGUCGUUUGUGCUCUAUUGGGCAGUUAUUAUAUUCAGAUGUUCCAAAUAUUACUGUUAGUUUUUAGAGUAUUACUACCUAUACCUUUACUAUUAUUUUCGCUAAUUUUUUUAAUUUUAAAAUUAUCCAAAACUUCUCUUAAGGACGUUAAACAGAUACUGACCAAAGAUUUUGGCGAACUGAGAGUACUACUAAUAUUUUGUAUAUGUCUUACUAUUCUAUAUUUGGCUACAUCUUUUCAAAGGAGUCUGAUUCAUUUUUGGCAGAUCAACUCACAAGGUUUUUACAGCGAUAUAACUGAACGAUUCAAUGUAUCGUCGUUGUAUAAUAAUCAUCUAAACAUUUCCAAUAACAUGAGUCUCACAAUGCUUCAUUACAGUUGCAAUACUCUGAGAUGUGCACUGUUGUUGUAUCUACUGCCAAAAUUUAAGGAGGUACUGAAUAACAGAGUACUGAGUUGCCAUAAAAUUGUAUGAAACAUACUAGACUGUUUAGUUAAAGCAAUUUAAAAGACUAUAAUUUAUGUGCCAAAAACUUCAGUAUAAGAUCUAUUGCACCCCAACUGUCAUAUCCUUGAUCAAAUUGUAUUAACUUUAUUUGUUAAUAAGGGAGAGUAAAAAAUUACUUUCACUUGCUCAUUUCUUAAUAGGGAUGACAACGAUGUAUUAUAGAUGCAUUAGAUACACUUCUCCAAGAAAUUAACGCACCAGCUUAAAAAUUUGUCAUUUUUAAUGUCUCGAAUAUCCAAACCUGUUGUCCGAUUUAAGCGGUUUCUUUAACAUGUUAUAGCCUUAUAGGGUUUUUCAUCGAUUGUCAUUUGUUUCCAGCUUCUGUCAUAUGUUGUAUAAUCUGUGUAUAAUAUUCUUUAACAAUAGGGCUUUUCAUUCACAGUCAUUUGUUUCGAGCUUCUGUCAUAUAUUAAUAUACACAGAUUAUACAAAAUAUGACAGAAGCUCGAAACAAAUGACCAUCGAUGAAAAGCCCUAUAUAGCUGUAGUAAUAUUGUUGCUAGACAGGUAAAUUGUCGUUGUAUACGUAUACCAGGUGUACCAAUCAAACUGUGAUUUUUUCUCAAAGUUUGCGUCACCCUGUGAAAUAUUCUGGCAUUUAUAAAAUACUGAAAUUAAAACAUUUUGUUUUUUGAUUCAUUCGCUUAUGUUGGAUAAUAAAAAAGUUGAUACUUUAACAACUAGCCUUGUUUUUCGUCAAUACAGGGUGUUUUUGAAUAAGUAUGUCCGCAAAUGCUUCUUUUCAGAGAUAGGGUGUGUUGAAUUUUUUCUAACAAACUGACGAUUUAUUUAUUGCUCUAAAACCGGUUGCGAUAUGCAAAUGAAAUUUGGUGGGUUUUAAGAGGUAGUUAUUGCGAAUUUUUUGAUACUUAUACAAUUAGUAAUUUAAUAUCCACCUUAUGUGCGCCAAUGGUGAACAUAAAAUUCUUAAUUGUAUGUCAAAAAAUGCAUAAUAACUACCUCUUAAAACUCACCAAAUUUCAUUUGUAUAUCUCAACCGGUUUAGAGCAAUACAUAAAUCGUCAUUUUGUAAGAAAAAAUUCAACACACCCUAUCUCGGAAAUUUUUUUAUGCGGAAUUACCCCUUACAUACUCAUUUAAAAACACCAUGUAUUGAUGAAAAACAAGGAUAGUUGUUAAAGUAACAAACUUUUUUAUUAUCCAUCAUAAGCGAAUGAAUAAAAAAAACAGAAUGUUAAGAAAACAUUAGGCCAUAGUUGGAUUUUAAUUUCAGUAUUUUAUAAAUGCUAGAAUAUUCCUCAGGGUCACGCGAACUUUGAGAAAAAAUCACAGUUUGAUUGGUACACCCUGUAUACAAUGACAAUAAUUUACCUGUCUAGCAACAAUAUUAUUAUAGCCGUAUUGUUAAAGAAUAAUAGGUCUGGAUCCCGCGUAUGAAAAAAAAGUUGAUUAAUAGCAAGCUAAAAAUUUGUUAAUAGCUUAAGGGUGUCUAGUCGGACAACUUUGAUAUAUGGGAGCACUGGAAAAGGGGAAGUUUUAAUUGUGGAACAGGUUAAAAAUUUGGAACGGUCAGACCACGAAAACGGCACAUGUAUUUUGUCCGACAGAACAGACUUAAACUGAACAGAGAUUAAACUCUCAUGCAAAAAUCAGACUGCUAUUUAUCACCAAAUGGGCGUUUUAAUAAGUGGAACAUGUAGAAUAUGUCAAAUGACAGGAAUUAUGACAGGUGAUAAAUAGCAGUCUGAUUUUUUGCAUGAGAGUUUAAUCUCUGUUCGGAGAGUUUAAGUCUGUUCUGUCGGACAAAAUAAAUGUGCCGUUUUCUUGGUGUGACCGUUCCAAAUUUUUAACCUAUUCCACAAUUAAAACUGCCCCUGUUCCAGUGUUCCCAUAUAUCAAAGUUUAUCCGACUAGACAUCCUUAAACUAUUAACAAAUUUUCAGCUUGCUAUUAAUCAACUUUUUUUUCAUACGCGGGAUCCAGACCUAUAAGGCUAUAUCAUAUUAAAAAAAUCACUUGAAUCGGACAACAGGUUUAGGAAAUUCGAGACAUCAAAAAUGACGCAUUUUUAAGGUGGUGCGUUAAUAUCUUGGAGAAGUGUACAUAAUAAUAUCGAUUACAUACUUUAAAAUUGUAUCGAUAUUUUUAUAUGUAUUCAACGUUCGAUAUAUCGGUCCAUAUAUCUAUAUAAACAUAGAAAAAAUAUGUAUAUUAUAUAUACAACAGUGCUAUAGGCCUUGUAGGCUCCAAAAAUUUGGUUAUUUUCCUACAUUUUUCCGGCCCCUUGCUUUUUCUUUACAAUUUCUCACUCCUAUUUCUGACGUUCUUCUUUGGACGUCUUCUUCUUUUCUCCCUCCUUCGGUAUUGUGUUAACGUUUCGGUUCUCUAGCAUUCGUAUAAUAUGACCAAGGCAUCUAGCCUUUGUACUAUAUGCACAAAUAAAUUACGUUAAUAUAAUUUCAAACGAUAAAAGUUUCAGAAUUAUGUGAAAUAACAGAGAUUAAGGAUUUCACAGAAAUUUUUUAUUGAACUCAUUAAGUCGGUCGUCCAACUCUGUGUAGCAGGUUGUAUGUCAAUAGGAAAUUGUGGCCAGGAAACUGGAGAAUUUGUACAUAUGUUUUAACAAUCCAUUUCUGGGGAUGACGUUAUGUAUUUAAUAUUUUAAGAUUCGUAAGAAUGACCAUAUGUUUUAGUAAGUAGGUAGGUAGGUACUAUUAUUGUAAGUAAAAUUGAAAGAAGUUCAAUUGAAUUAAGAGUCUAAAUUUAGGUUAAAGUAUCGAAAAAGCAUAACCAAAAUGUGAUAUUCUAAAUUUAAUAAAAUUCAUUAAAAUGAAGAGUUACAAACCAAAAGUUGCUUUUUUAUAUAUUUUUUAAAUUAUUUUUUCAUGUAAUGAUAUGUACUGUAGUACUGUGUACUAUUCCCAACCUCAAACAAAAGCUCAGUAGGUAGGUAUAGGUACUUAAAUAAAGUAGAUCAAAAAAUUUAAUGAUUGAAUGCUAUUUCAAACAACGAAUGUAAAACGGAACCUAUAUAGUCAUACCUAAAACAUCACCAAACAGAAAAGGUAACAAAUUUUUUGUUUAUAUUUGGGAAUAUGUGCAUAUCGUUUUGUAUUAUAUAUUCUGUGACUCGCUUAUCAACCAAAUAAACAAUUUAAAAUAUU